AUGAAGGAAGCAGUGGUAGCCAAAGGGCCCACGGUCACCAUUCAGGAUGGCCCUCUACCACAGCCAGGGCCUUAUCAAGUGGUCACGAAGGUGAUGUACUCGGGCACAAAUCCCAAAGAUUGGAAGCGACCAGAAUUUGUACCCGACGCGAGACCAGUGAACCAAGGCGACGACAUUUCUGGUAUUGUGCAUGAAGUGGGCGAGCGUGUCUCGGAGUUCAAACCAGGCGAUCGCGUCUUUGCUUUUCACGAGAUGAUGCAGCCGGGAGGCAGUUAUGCCGAGUAUGCGGUAUCGUGGUCUGCUACGACAGCGCACCUACCUGCACACGUCUCGUUCCAAGAGGGCGCUGCCAUUCCCCUGGCCGCUCUGACCGCAGCGGUGGGCCUCUUCGCCCGCCUCCAGCUCCCAGCACCAUUUACACCUCCUUCAGCUGCCAUCAAUAAGGCUUCCAACGCCUCUCGUCCUUCCACACCGCUCAUCAUAUACGGCGCUGCCUCGGCAGUCGGCUCUUACGCUGUGCAACUGGCUUGUCGCGCAAACAUCCACCCUCUGAUUUGCGUAGCAGGGAAGGGCACUCCACACGUCGAAGGCUUCAUCGAUCGAAGCAAAGGCGACACCAUCAUCGAUUACAGACAGGGCAACGAGGCUGUUGUCAAAGGUCUGAACGCCGCUGCCGCUCAGCAUGGUGGCAAGAUUGAGUAUGCAUUCGAUGCGGUAUCCGAAAAAGGCAGUGUGGAGAACAUUGGACAGGUACUCGACCAGGAGAUGGGUCGCGUCACUUUCGUCCUGCCUGGGAAGCAAUACGAUCUCCCAGGGAACAUCAAGCAGAGUCUGACCACGGUCGGGAGCGUCCACGGCGUGCCUGAUGAUCUGAAAGACUUUGGGCACGUAUAUUUCAGGUAUAUCGCGAAGGGACUCGAGGAGGGCUGGUUCAAGCCUCAGCCACAAGAGGUCAUUCCUGGUGGGCUGGAAGGUGUGCAGACUGCGUUGAGCAACUUGAAAGAAGGCAAAGCGAGUGCUACAAAAUACGUGCUGCGUAUCGCGGACACACCGGGCUUGGAGGCACAUGAGCAAUGA